CCGACGCGCAUUAUCGUAGCUGCGCCGUCUUGAGUAUCCGUGCGACAUGAAGACUCCCAGCGAGGUGCUGCGCGAGGGCGAACUGGAGAAGCGUAGCGACAGCUUGUUCCAGUUAUGGAAGAAGAAGCGCGGGGUGCUCACCCCUGAUCGUCUGCGCCUCUUCCCCACCGGGGCCGGUGCGCGCCCCAAGGAGCUGCGCUUCCAUUCCAUCCUCAAGGUGGAUUGCGUUGAGCGCACGGGCAAGUACGUCUACUUCACCAUCGUCACCACCGACCGCAAGGAGAUCGACUUCCGCUGCGCGGGCGAGAGCUGCUGGAAUGCGGCCAUCACGCUGGCGCUCAUCGACUUCCAGAACCGCCGCGCCCUGGAGGGCUUCCGCAGCCGCCAGGAGCAUGCGGCGCCCGCCGCGCAGCCCGAGUCCGGGACGGCCCGCGCGCCCUGAGCCUUCGCCGCGAGCCUCACACUGCACCAGUCGGACCAGACCAGCCACAUAACCGCACCGCACAGGAACCAGGGAGUACCUGAGACAGCGAGAGCCCAGACAGGCCACCCACAUGCUGACCUCCAGAGGACAAGGCCGCCUCUUCCAUGCUGCCUUCCAUGCUGCCUUCCAUGCGUGCUGAACCUCGCCUGCUGCGCGGGCCCGUUAACUUAUUGGACUAUUUAUUUUGAUGGUCAUUUAUCGUCAAGCUGUUCUGUCUUAAUAUUUUGUUUUUGCACCAGCAUUUCAUUCCAAAUAAAUGAGUUCAUUUAUUCUUUUUUUUUCUA